AUGGACCGCGCCCCGAACAGAGAUAACACACCCACCCGCAAGCUCACGAUCAUCAACCUAAAAAAUUGCCCCAUGCCAGACUUUACUUCUUUGGACUUAUUCCGCGACGUGAUGACACAAUUGGACGAACUAAACAUUUCCCUAAACCAAAAAUCCAAUCCAUACGGCGGAAGCGGGGACUACACACACAUCGAACUCCGCGCCUUCCCCUCUUAUCUCAUUAACCACUGGCUCGCGCCCAUAUCCUCCAACGUGCGCGCCCUAUCUAUAUACUCACUCGAGGACAACUGGGGCCGUUUCCCCGCUUUCUUUGACUCCAGCACCGUCUCGUUCCCGCAGCUGCAAAGCCUGGCGCUGUGGUACUACGCACUAGGCCACAAUGGUUCUUUCGAUUGGAUUCUAAGCAUCAAGACUUUGAACAAGUUCGUGCCGCAUAAUGCUGUGAUUGCUACUUGGAUAGGCAUCGAGCCGGGGAAUAAUACUGAGUGGGACCCGCCUAUGCCUGAUUGGAUACCAUCGACGUUGGGUGAUAGCGAGAACGAUUGCCUCAAGUGGGAGUAUCCUGGGAGAUAG